AUGCCGGUGCACGCCCGUGAAAAGAAAGAAAGCAACCACGAAGAAAUGGAGGUUGAUUUUCCCGAGCAAGACGCUAGCAGCACCGAUGAAGAGGACACUGUCAGCUCUUAUGUAUCCGAAGAUGGAGACAGCUCGGGUAAGGGCUAGGUACAUUACUUGUCUGUAAAUGUUAGAACUAACUAGGCAGCUUGCUGCUAUGCAUAAUGCAUUGUAGUUUCUAAAUGAAUGAAUUAAUGUGUGUUUGUGCUGUAAUUUGUCAAUUUUUAUGACGGUCUGCUUAAUUCUGACCAAAGAAAGUGAUGUUGAUGCUGCGUGGCCAAGUAGCUAGCGAGCUAGCUAGUAGCUAGCUACCUCUAGUUUGUUUACUGUAUUAUAUUUGUCUGACAGUUUGCAUGUUUCUUUUGCCAACAGAUAUGGACGACGAAGACUGCGAGAGGAGACGAAUUGAAUGCAUGGACGAAAUGACUACCCUCGAGAAGCAAUUCGGUGACUUGAAAGAACAGUAAAGACACUAUUAGCAAAUUUUCACAUUGAAUCGCACUUGCUACAUUGUUUUCUUUCUGGUCCAUGUUUACACGCAUGAUUAUAAGCCAACCAACUACUGAUGCUGCUGUAAUUCCUCACCCCUGUCUGUCUCGUUGUGACUAGGUUGUACAAGGAGAGGCUAAGUCAGGUGGAUAUAAAGCUGAAGGAAGUGAUAGCUGGCUGUGCCCAAGAGUAUCUGGAACCACUGGCCAACCUGCAGGAGAAUAUGCAGAUCAGGACCAAAGUAGCUGGUAAGUUUGAAUGUCAUUUUAGCCUACUCUAGAUUAGAUACUAACGUCCCACUUUGUAACUUUAGUUGUGGCAGAUGUCAAUGUCAGGAAGAUCAGUGGUUUUCUAACAUUUUAGUUGUGUGUUCCUCAGAUGACCUACCUACCAGCUCCCUGGGUAGGCUACCUCCAAAUAUAAGAAACACACAUUUGUUUAUAUAUACGUUGUUUCUAUUCUCAUAUACAAUGUACUGUUACAACCAUGUUACAAUGUAGAUAUAUGGCUCUGUUCUCAGUGAUGUCAAACCUUCUGAAGGGUGCCGACUGAGAGUAAAAAUAUGUUUUCCUUGUCUUGUAUCUUCUCCAGGGAUCUACAGAGAGCUGUGUCUGGAGUCUGUGAAGAACAAGUACGACUGUGAGAUCCAGGCUGCCUGCCAACACUGGGAGGUCAGAGGGCAAUUCAAUACAAUAUACCUUUAUUUAUCCCCAAGGGGCAAUUGUUGGCCCAGUGAGUAAUGACACAGUGGUCAACCAUAAAGUGCAUUCAUUGUUUAUCUCUGGCCCUGUCUAAAUACUUGAAAUAUGUAGAGUGAUUGGAGUCAGACCAAGGCUCUGCAUCUGUCCUCGUGGUCUAAGACCUUAGUGCCGCUUUUGACAGCGUUGACAAGUUCAUGCCUGGUUUAGAUCUUAUCUGCCUGAAAGAUAUCAGUUCGUCUCUGUGGAUGGUUUUUCCUCUGACAAAUCAAUUGUACGUUUAGGUGUUCCUCAAGGUUCUGUUUUAGGACCACUAUUGUUUUCUCUAUAUAUUCUACCUCUUGGUGAUGUCAUUCGUAAACACAAUGUCAAUUUUCACUGCUAUGCGGAGGACACACAGCUGUACAUUUAGAUGAAACAUGGUAAAGGCCCAAAAUUGCCUACCCUGGAAGCCUGUGUUUCAGACAUAAAGUGGAUGUUGGCAAAUGUUUCACUUUUAUAUUCGGACAAAACAGAGAUGCUGUUUGAUCUGACAAUUAAUCUUGAUGGUUGUAUAAAACUGAAGGACCUCAGCGUUACUCUGGACCCUGAUCUCUCUUUUGAUGAACAUAUCAAGAAUAUUUCAAGGGCCGCUUUUUUCCAUCUUCAUAACAUCGCACAAAUCAGAAACAUUUUGUCCAAAAAUGAUGCAGAAAAGCUAAUCCAUGCUUUUGUCACUUCUGGAUUAGACCACUGCAAUGCUCUUCUCUCCGGCUACCCGGAUAAAGCACUAAAUAAACUUCAGUUAGUGGUAAAUACAGCUGUUAUCAUAUUACUCCAGUGCUAGCCUCUCUACACUGUCUUCCUGUUAAGGCUAGGGCUGAUUUCAAGGUUUUACUGCUAACCUACAAAGCAUUACAUGUGCCUGCUCCUACCUAUCUCUCCAAUUUGGUCCUGCCGUACAUACCUACACGUAUGCUACGGUCACAAGACGCAUGCCUCCUUAUUGUCCCUCGAAUUUCUAAGCAAACAGCUGGAGGCAGGGUUUUCUCCUAUAGAGCUCCAUUUUUAUGGAAUGGUCUGCCUGUACAUGUGAGACGCAGAUUCUGUCUCAACCUUUGUCUUUACUGAAGGCUAAUCUCUUCAGUAGGUGCUAUGAUUGAGUGUAGUCUGGCCCAGGGGUGCGAAGGUGAACGGCAAGUCACUGGAAUGAUGAACCGCCCUCGCAGUGUGUGCCUGGCUGACUCCCCUCUCUCUACUGGGAUUAUCUGCCUCUGACCCUAUUAUGGGGGCUGAGUCACUAGCUAACUUUGAACCAGACUGACACAAAAAACUGGGGCCAAUGUCCGGGGUUAUUGUCGGACGGGGCUACAGUGUCCGUCCCCCUGGACGAACCCUGACCCGUCACCGGACGUGUUAUCUUGUCCUGGGCCUGCUGUUUUUGACUAUCCCUUUCUCUCUCUCUACCGCACCUGCUGUCUCGACCUCUGAAUGCUCGGCUAUGAAAAUCCAACUGACAUUUACUCCUGAGGUGUUGACCUGUUGCACCCUUUACAACCACUGUGAUUAUUAUUUGACCCUGCUGGUCAUCUAUGAACGUUUGAACAUCUUGAAGAACAAUCUGGCCUUAAUGGCCAUGUACUUUUAUAAUCUCCACCCGGCACAGCCAGAAGAGGACUGGCCACCCCUCAGAGCCUGUUUCCUCUCUAUGUUUCUUCCUAGGUUGCUGCCUUUCUAGGGAGUUUUUCCUAGCCACCAUGCUUCUACAUCUGCAUUGUGUGCUGUUUGGGCUUUCAGGCUGGGUUUCUGUAUAAGCUCUUUGUGACAUCUGCUGAUGUAAAAAGGGCUUUAUAAAUACAUUUAAUUGAAUUUGAUUGAUUGGGCAGGUGAAAGCAGUUGGGUUGAAUCCUUGCCUUCACUUGUACAUUCACAUACAGAUAAACAAUAUGGCUACCUCAAGGAAGGGAGGAAUGAAGGAUGCAUGGGAAAACUACUGGAAUAUUACCUUUGUCUAAGUAGAAUGCUUUGCAGUUAUGCAAUCAGCAAAGGUGCAUUUCGUAUGUAUUGGACCAGGGUCUCUCUCCGUGGCUUUGGUAGUACUACUGUACUCAUCUGUGUACUGUUUUUCUCUUCCCAGAGUGAGAAGCUGUUGCUGUUUGAUACCGUGCAGAGUGAGUUAGAGGAGAAGAUCAGACGCCUGGAGGAGGACCGCCACAGUAUCGACAUCACCUCAGGUACUCUACACACAUGAUCUCUAGUGAUCUGGAAUGUUUUGUUCCAGCCAUGCACUAAUAUAACAAACCUGGUUGAACUAAUGGAGGAAAAGUCGACCGGUUGAAUCAGGUGUUUAAAAGCUGGGCUGGAACAAAAGCAUGCAGCUCUCCAGGACCAGGGUUUGCUUUGCCCUCUAUGUUUUAUCUGUCUCUCUGCAUUACAGAACUUUGGAAUGAUGGUUUACAUUCACGGAAGAACAAGAAGAAGGAUCCGUUCUGCCCUGCCAAGAAGAAGAAGCCUGUUGUCGUCUCAGAUAUCCUUUCUUUGUACCUGUCUUCAUCCUCUGAUACAAACAGAUACUGUAUUGUCAGUGGUAAUUUCAAUACUGCGCCAGAAGUUUUUGUUUUUCUUAACCCCUUCUCACGUCCAUAUAUUGUUUAUAUGCUGCAAGACCUAGAUAUACUUGAAGACUGGACAGCAAUACGAAAGGUAUUUGAGUUAACCGAAUGUAAGCCUUUGUUGUGAUUUUGUUUAGGGUUGGAAUUUAACCUUUCGAUCUUGUUCUGUAUGCACCACAGGCGAUGGCGUCGUUAGGGCCGCACAGGGUUAAGGUUGACGGUAAGAAUCUCUCAUAUCAUUGUGUCACUGUAAAGCCCAGGGGCCUCAUUUAUAACCGUUGCGUAAUUUUCACACUACAUUUCUGCGUGCGCCAUUUCUGAAAAAUCUGCGCACAUAGAAAAAGAUUGAGAUUUAUCAACUUGCCGCACGCCAUGCAUACGCAUGUUUCCCGUAAUAAAUCAGACCUGUCGUAAAACUGCGCACGUGAACAAGAUAUAAAACUCUGCCUGGAAAACGCCUCCAUUCACCUUUUAUGGUGACAAUGACUCCCUUUAUUUUCUGUAUAAUUUGGAGCUAUUGGCAUUACGCCACAGCAUGCAAAAUACGAAUUGUUGUUCAAUAUUUAGUUUAUCAAUAGAUUAUUGGGUUUAUGUCCUGCCUUGGUAUAGGCUCUGAGAUUGAAUAGGGAAUGAUGUUGAGCUUCUAUCGCACAGCAAUACUGUAGCCUACCUACCCAUACUGUCAAGUAUUUUACAUAAGCCACCGGUCUGUUUACUGUGUUGGCAGAAUGUUUUAAUCUUUAGCAGUAAUUUCUGCUGUAUCUGGAAAAGGACUGUGUCAGUUUCUGAAAGAAAAAACUAUGAUAAAUUGUUGUGGACCUGUCAGCAGAACGUUUGCAUUUACUUUUCCCCCAACCUAAAUAUGAUGGACUGCCUGCGAAUUCUGAAACAUUGUAGGGCAGACAAUUUUUUUUAUUUUUUUACAGUAGUUAAUUAUAUUUCUUGUAUUUUUGUCCUACUUGACUUUUUUUUUUUAUAGUGCUACUGAUAUUCAUUACUGCAUUGUUGGGAGUGCAAGCAAGAAAGGCAUUUCACUGUACUUGUGCAUGUGACAAACUUAACUUGAUACAUAGGCCUACUUCAAUGUAGAAUAUAAGCUGUUAAAUUAGACUCUAUACCAGGAUUAUAAACUGCACUGCCUAUGAUAUUGCAAAACUUGAAAUACAUAUAGCCUAUCUAUUUACUAGGCUACUAGGGCCCAUUAAAUGAGAGAUGCGCAUGUUAAUUUUUUUGUAUGGCUCCUUCUGGAAUAUGAACCCAUCACGGCCAGAGAAGGUGAGGAAUAUACACUACCGGUCAAACAUUUUAGAACACCUACUCAUUCAAGGGUUUUUAUUUUUACUAUUUUCUACAUUGUAGAAUAAUAGGGAAGACAUCAAAACUAUGAAAUAACACAUAUGGAAUCAUGUAGUAACCAAAAAAGUGUUAAACAAAUCAAAAUAUUUUUGAGAUUCUUCAAAUAGCCACCCUUUGCCUUGAUGACAGCUUUGCACACUCUUGGCAUUCUCGAUGUGUUAUUUCAUAGUUUUGAUGUCUUCACUAUUAUUCUACAAUGUACAAAUUAGUAAAAAUAAAGAAAAACCCUUGAAUGAGUAGGUGUUCUAAAACUUUUGACCGGUAGUGUAUUCUGCAAUGGUUAUGAAAAAAAUAAAAAAAAUAUGUCAAAUUAUUUAAAAUUCAAAAAAUAAACACAGAUUUUCGCUCUUCUCAUUAAUGGCAAAUGGUUGCAUGCUUGUUAAUAUAUUUUCCUGUUUAAAUUUUUUAAAUGAAUGCAUUCGGAAAGUAUUCAGACCCCUUGACUUUUUCCACAUUUUGUUACGUUACAGCAUUAUUCUGAAAUUGAUUAAAUUGUUUUUUUCCCUCAUCAAUCUACACACUACCCCAUAAUGACAAAGCCAAAACAGGUUGUUAGAAUUUUUUGCACAUUUAUAAAAACUGAAAUAUCACAUUUACAUAAGUAUUGAGACCCUUUACUCAGUACUUUGUUGAAGCUCUUUUGGCAGCGAUUACAGCCUCGAGUAAUAAUAAUAAUAAUAUGCCAUUUAGCAGACGCUUUUAUCCAAAGCGACUUACAGUCAUGCGUGCAUACAUUUUUGUGUAUGGGUGGUCCCGGGGAUCGAACCCACUACCUUGGCGUUACAAGCGCCGUGCUCUACCAGCUGAGCUACAGAGGACCAAGCGUUACAAGCUUGGCACAGCUGUAUUUGGGGAGUUUCUCCCAUUCUUCUCUGCAGAUCCUCUCAAGCUCUGUCAGGUUGGAUGCACAGCUAUUUUCAGGUCUCUCCAGAGAUGUUAGAUCGGGUUCAAGUCCGGGCUCUGGCUGGGGACAUUCAGAGACCGGUCCGAAGCCACUCCUGUGCUGUCUUGGCUGUGUGCUUAGGGUCAUUGUCCCGUUGGAAGGUGAACCUUCACCCCCAGUUUGAGGUCCUGAGCGCUCUGGAGCAGGUUUUCAUCAAGGAUCUCUGUACUUUGCUCCGUUCAUCUUUCCCUCAAUCAUGACUAGUCUUCUAGUCCCUGCCGCUGAAAAACAUCCCCACAGCAUGAUGCUGCCACCACCACCAUGCUUCACCGUAGGGAUGGUGCCAGGUUUCCUCCAGACGUGAUGCUUGGCAUUCAGGCCAAAGAGUUCAAUCUUGGUUUCAUCAGACCAGAGAAUCUUGAUUCUCAUGGUCUGAGAGUCCUUUAGGUGCCCUUUGGCAAACUCCAAGCAGGCUGUCAUCUGCUUUUUACUGAGGCUUCCGUCUGGCCACUCUACCAUAAAGGCCUGAUUGGUGGAGUGCUGCAGAGAUGGUUGUCCUUCUGGAAGGUUCUCCCAUCGCCACAGAGGAACUCUGGAGCUCUGUCAGAGGGAUCAUUGGGUUCUUGGUGACCUCCCUGUCCAAGGCCCUUCUCCCCCGAUUGCUCCGUUUGGCUGGGCAGCCAGCUCUAGGAAGAGUCUUGGUGGUUCCAAAUUUCUUCCAUUUAAGAAUGAUGGAGGCCACUGUGUUCUCGGGGACCUUCAAUGCUGCAGACAUUUUUUGGUACCCUUCCCCAGAUCUGUGCCUCGACACAAUCCUGUCUCGGAGCUCUAAGGACAAUUCUUUCGACCACAUGGCUUGGUUUUUGCUCUGACAUGCACUGUCAACUGUGGGACCUUAUAUAGACAGGUGUGUGCCUUUUCAAAAUCAUGUCCAAUCAAUUGAAUUUACCACAGGUGGACUGUACUUGGACGUGGACUUGUAGAAACAUCUCAAGGAUGAUCAAUGGAAACAGGAUGCACCUGAGCUCAAUUUCGAGUCUCAUAGCAAAGGGUCUGAAUACUUAUGUUGAUAAGGUAUUUUUUUAUUUUUAAUAAGGUUGCAACAAUUUCUAAAAACCUGUUUUCGCUUUGUCAUUAUGGGGUAUUGUGUGUAGAUUGUGGGGAAAAAAAACAAUUUAAUCCAUUUUAGAAUAAGGCUGUAACGUCACAAAAUGUGGAUAAAGGGAAGGGGUCUGAAUACUUUCCGAAUGCACUGUAUACUUGCCAGCUUGCAAUACAACAUUUCAACCACUAGCAGAUGUGCAUACGCAUGGUAUAAAGUUUGCGGGGAGGUGAGCACAUUCUCACGGCAAGCACAUUUUGUAUAAAUGCCAACUUUUGCGUGUGAACUAGCGCACGCACAUUUUGGGGUAUAUUUUGUACCUACGCAUGGUUUAUAAAUGAUCUAUUUGUAAGUGUCUGAUCCCAGAUUAUAUUGUGUCUCUGAAUAUAUGUAUUUAGAUAUUAAUUAUAUAUACACUGAGUGUACAAAAUAUGAGGAAACCUUCAUAAUAUUGAGUUGCACCCCCUUUUGCCCUCAGAACAGCCUUAAUUCGUCGGGGCAUGGACUCGACAAGUUGUUGAAAGCGUUCCACAGGGAUGCUGGCCCAUGUUGACUUCAAUGUUUCCCACAGUUGUGUCAAGUUGGCUGGAUUUCCUUUGGGUGGUGGACCAUUCUUGAUAGACACAGGAAACUGUUGAGCAUGAAACACCCAGCAGCGUUGCAGUUCUUGACACACUCAAACCAGUGCACCUGGCACCUACUACCAUACCCAACCUCUGAAUGGCACACAUACACAAUCCAUGUCUCAAUUGUCUCAAGGCUUAACAAUUAUUCUUAAACCUGUCUCCUCCCCUUCAUCUACACUGAUUUUGAAGUGGAUUUAACAAGUGACAUCAAAAAAGGGAUCAUAGCUUUCACCUGGAUUCACCUGGUCAGUCUGUCAUGGAAAUAGCAGGUUUGCUAAUGUUUUGUAUACUCAGUGUAGACUGGUACAGUGUAACUGCAGUUCAGCUAUUGUUACAUACAGUGGGGAAAAAAAGUAUUUAGUCAGCCACCAAUUGUGCAAGUUCUCCCACUUAAAAAGAUGAGAGAGGCCUGUAAUUUUCAUCAUAGGUACACGUCAACUAUGACAGACAAAAUGAGAAUAAAAAAUCCAGAAAAUCACAUUGUAGGAUUUUUAAUGAAUUUAUUUGCAAAUUAUGGUGGAAAAUAAGUAUUUGGUCAAUAACAAAAGUUUCUCAAUACUUUGUUAUAUACCCUUUGUUGGCAAUGACACAGGUCAAACGUUUUCUGUAAGUCUUCACAAGGUUUUCACACACUGUUGCUGGUAUUUUGGCCCAUUCCUCCAUGCAGAUCUCCUCUAGAGCAGUGAUGUUUUGGGGCUGUCGCUGGGCAACACAGACUUUCAACUCCCUCCAAAGAUUUUCUAUGGGGUUGAGAUCUGGAGACUGGCUAGGCCACUCCAGGACCUUGAAAUGCUUCUUACGAAGCCACUCCUUCGUUGCCCGGGCGGUGUGUUUGGGAUCAUUGUCAUGCUGAAAGACCCAGCCACGUUUCAUCUUCAAUGCCCUUGCUGAUGGAAGGAGGUUUUCACUCAAAAUCUCACGAUACAUGGCCCCAUUCAUUCUUUCCUUUACACGGAUCAGUCGUCCUGGUCCCUUUGCAGAAAAACAGCCCCAAAUGACAUUCUCCCAAUCCUCUUCUGGAUCAUCCAAAUGCAAUCUAGCAAACUUCAGACGGGCCUGGACAUGUACUGGCUUAAGCAGGGGGACACGUCUGGCACUGCAGGAUUUGAGGCCCUGGCAGCGUAGUGUGUUACUGAUGGUAGGCUUUGUUACUUCUGUCCCAGCUCUCUGCAGGUCAUUCACUGGGUCCCCCUGUGUGGUUCUGGGAUUUUUGCUCACCGUUCUUGUGAUCAUUUUGACCCCACAGGGUGAGAUCUUGCGUGGAGCCCCAGAUCGAGGGAGAUUAUCAGUGGUCUUGUAUGUCUUCCAUUUCCUAAUAAUUGCUCCCACAGUUGAUUUCUUCAAACCAAGCUGCUUACCUAUUGCAGAUUCAGUCUUCCCAGCCUGGUGCAGGUCUACAAUUUUGUUUCUGGUGUCCUUUGACAGCUCUUUGGUCUUGGCCAUAGUGGAGUUUGGAGUGUGACUGUUUGAGGUUGUGGACAGGUGUCUUUUAUACUGAUAACAAGUUCAAACAGGUGCCAUUAAUACAGGUAACGAGUGGAGGACAGAGGAGCCUCUUAAAGAAGAAGUUACAGGUCUGUGAGAGCCAGAAAUCUUGCUUGUUUGUAGGUGACCAAAUACUUAUUUUCCAACAUAAUUUGCAAAUAAAUUCAUUAAAAAUCCUACAAUGUGAUUUUCUGGAUUUUCUUUCCUCAAUUUGUCUGUCAUAGUUGACAUAGUUGAAAAUUACAGGCCUCUCUCAUCUUUUUAAGUGGGAGAACUUGCACAAUUGGUGGCUGACUAAAUACUUUUUUCCCCCACUGUAGUAGUAGUCUAAACUGUUGGACCUACCUUAUGACCAAUGUUUUGCUGUGUGUGUGUGUGUGUGUGUGUAGUCCCGACCAUGGCGUUUGCAACGGCAGGGUUGUGGGUUCGUUUCCCACGGGGGACCAGUAUGAAAAAUAAAUAAAAAAUGCACUCACUAACUGUAAGUCGCUCUGGAUAAGAGCGUCUGCUAAAUGACUAAAAUGUAAAAUGUAGUCCCUACCAAGGCUGACAGACACCACCAUGUGGCGAGGUCUGAGGAGGGCAGACUGUUCUAUGACAGCCAGUGGUACUGCAGAGGACAGGCCAUAUGCAUCAACAGGAAGGACGAAUACCCCACCAGGUGUGUGUCUGUAUAUGAAAUGUAUGUUUUUGAAAUGUUGAAGUCCUUGAGUAAAGUGUUUAAAGUGUUUGUGUGUGUAUGUACAGUACCAGUCAAACGUUUGUACACACCUACUCAUUCAAUAGUUUUUUUCUUUAUUUUUACUAUUUUCUACAUUUGUAGAGUAAUAGUCAAGACAUCAAAACUAUGAAAUGACACAAAAAAGUGUUAAACAAAUCAAAACAGAUUUGAGAUUCUUCAAGGUAGCCACCCUUUGCCUUGAUGACAGCUUUGCACACUCUUGGCAUUCUCUCAACCAGCUUCAUGAGGAAUGCUUUUCCAACAGUCUUGAAGGAGUUCCCGCUUUUCCUAUACUCUGCGGUCCAACUAAUCCGAAACUAUCUCAAUUAGGUUGAGUUCGGAUGAUUGUGGAGGCCAGGUCAUCUGAUGCAGCACUCUAUCACUCUCCUUGGUCAAAUAGCACUUACACAGCCUGGAGGUGUGUUUUGGGUCAUUGUCCUGUUGAAAAACAAAUGAUAGUCCCACAAAGUCGAAACCAGAUGGGAAUGGUGUAUCGCUGUAGAAUGCUGUGGUAGACAUGCUGGUUAAGUGUGCUUUGAAUUCUAAAUAAAUCACUGACAGUGUCACCAGCAAACCACCAUCACACCACCUCCUCCAUGCUUCAUGAUGGGAACCACACAUGCGGAGAUCAUCCAUUCACCUACUCUGCGUCUCACAAAGACAUGGCAGUUGGAACCAGAAAUCUCAAAUUUGGACUCCAGACCAAAGGACAUAUUUCCACCGGUCUAAUGUCCAUUGCUCUUGUUUCUGCCCAAUCAAGUCUCUUCUUCUUAUUGGUGUCCUUUAGUAGUGGUUUCUUUGCAGCAAUUCGACAAUGAAGGCCUGAUUCAUGCAGUCUCCUCUGUUGAUGUUGAGAUGUGUCUCAUACUUGAACUCUGUGAAGCAUUUAUUUGGGCUGCAAUUUCUGAGGCUGAUAACUAAUUAACUUAUCCUCUGCAGCAGAGGUAACUCUGUGUCUUCCUUUCCUGUGGCGGUCCUCAUGAGAGCCAAUUUCAUCAUAGCACUUGAUGGUUUUUGUGACUGCACUUUCGAAGUUCUUGAAAUGUUCCGUAUUGACUGACCUUCAUGUCUUAAAGUAAUGAAGGACUGUAAUUUCUGGUUGAGAGAAUGCCAAGAGUGUGCAAAGCUGUCAUCAAGGCAAAGGGUGGCUACUUUGAAUAAUCUCAAAUAUAACAUAUUUUGAUUUGUUUAACACUUUUGGUUACUACAUGAUUCCAUAUGUGUUAUUUAAUAGUUUUUAUGUCUUCACUAUUAUUCUACAAUGUAGAAAACAGUAAAAAUAAAGAAAAACCCUGGAAUGAGUAGGUGUGUCCAAACAUUUGACUGGUAGUGUAUAUGUGCAUGUAUAUUUGCAUGUGAUGCAAUUGUGUGCAUAUGCUGCUGACGUUCAUAGACUAGAGUCAAGUGUUGUGAGUGCAUUUGUGUAGUGAGGCGUGUAUAUAAUGUAUAUUCAUAUAUUUUAUCCAAUCCUCUUCCAUCUCUCUCCCACAGUGCCAUGAUAACCACCAUUAACCAUGACGAGGUGUGGUUCAAACGGCUGGACGGCAGCAAGUCCAAGUUGUACAUCUCUCAGCUGCAGAAAGGCAAAUACACCAUCAAACACUCCUAA